GUCGCCAGCGUGCACCUGCUCGAGCUCAGCACCACCGCAACCUCGUCCACCAUGCCGCCACAGAGCGGCCUCCCCGACUCGCGCGACCUCGGCGCAACCUGGAAGUUCCUCGAGGAUGGUGUCGACCAGAUCAUGACGCGCCUCAACGACGGCAUGAGCUACAAGCAGUACAUGGACCUGUACACCGUCUCGUACAACUACUGCACCUCGUCGCGCAUGAACUCGGGCGGCAUCAACGAGACGCUCGGCGCCGGCAGCGGCCGCAGCGGCGCAAACCUCAUGGGCGCCGACCUGUACAAGCACCUCAGCCAGUACUUUGUCGCCCACCUCAAGCAGGUCCGCGCCGAGGCCCACGACCUGUCGGACGAGCCCCUCCUGCGCUACUACACGCGCGAGUGGGACCGCUACACGACCGGCGCCAGCUACGUCAACCGCCUCUUCACCUACCUCAACCGCCACUGGGUCAAGCGCGAGAAGGACGAGGGCCGCAAGAACGUCUACCACGUCUACAUCCUCGCCCUCGUCUCGUGGAAGAACGAGUUCUACUCGGGCCUCCAGUCGGGCUCGGGCAACAAGCUCACGACGGCCGUCCUCAAGCUCAUCGAGAAGCAGCGCCAGGGCGAGACGAUCGAGACCGACCUCGUCAAAAAGGUCAUCGACUCGUUCGUCGCCCUCGGCCUCGACGAGGCCGACACGAACCGCCAGAACCUCGACGUGUACCGCUCGGCGUUCGAGGUCCCGUUCCUCGCCGCGACCGAGGCGUUUUACUCGUCCGAGUCGGAGCAGUACCUCGCCGCCAACUCGGUCACCGAGUACAUGAAGAAGGCCGACGCCCGCCUCGGCGAGGAGGAGAACCGCGUCGACCUGUACCUCCACGCGAGCACCCGCAAGGGCCUCGUCUCCAAGUGCGAGGAGGUCCUCGUCAAGAACCACGCCGAGCUCAUGCAGGAGGAGUUCCAGCGGCUCCUCGACCAGGAGCAAGAAGCCGACCUGCAGCGCAUGUACCUCCUCCUGUCGCGCAUCCCGUCGGGCCUCGACCCGCUCCGCGAGCGCUUCGAGACGCACGUCAAGAAGGCCGGCCUCGACUCGGUCGAGCGCGCAGACAAGGCCGACGCGGCGGCGGCGGGAGGCGUCGAGCCCAAGGCGUACGUCGACAGCCUGUUGGCGGUCCACAGGAGGAACAACGAGCUCGUCGCCAAGGCGUUCCGCGGCGACCAGGGCUUUGUCGCGAGCCUCGACCGGGCCUGCCGCGAGUACGUCAACCGCAACAAGGCGUGCGCGUCGCCCAACAAGUCGCCCGAGCUCCUCGCGCGCUACGCCGACUCGCUCCUGCGCAAGAGCAACAAGGCCUCGGAGGACGCCGACGUCGAGCAGGCCCUCACCGACACGAUGACCGUCUUCAAGUACAUCGAGGACAAGGACGUGUUCCAGAAGUUCUACUCGCGCAUGCUCUCGAAUAGGUUGAUCAAGGAGACGUCGGCCUCGGAGGACGCCGAGGCGUCCAUGAUCGGCAAGCUCAAGGACGCGUGCGGGUUCGAGUACACGACCAAGCUGCACCGCAUGUUCCAGGACAUCCAGACGAGCCGCGACACCAACUCGCAGUUCAAGGACAAGAUGCAGCAGACGCACGACGCGAGCGAGCUCAAGGUCGACUUCCAGGUGCAGGUGCUCAGCACGGCGUCGUGGCCCCUCACGGCCCCGUCGACCAAGCUCAUCCUCCCGCCCGAGCUCCUCAAGACCAAGGACCGGUUCGAGCAGUACUACACCAACAAGCACAGCGGCCGCAAGCUCACGUGGAUCUGGCAGAACAGCCGCAACGAGCUCCGCAUGCUCUACACGCCGCAGAAGUACUUCCUCGUGACGUCGACGUACCAGGCCUGCAUUCUCCUCCAGUUCAACGCGUCCGACUCGCUGUCGUACGCCGACCUGUCGGCCGGGACCGGCAUCGCCGACGACACGCUCAAGCCGCUCCUCGCCAUGUUCACCAAGGCGCGCGUGCUCGACCUCAAGGAGGGCAACUACGAGAUCAACCUCGGGUUCAAGAGCAAGAAGAUCCGCGUCAUGCUCAACGCGCCCAUCAAGGCCGAGCAGAAGCAGGAGAGCGCCGACGUCAUGAAGCACGUCGACGAGGACCGCAAGAUCCUGAUCCAGGCGACCAUCGUCCGCAUCAUGAAGUCGCGCAAGACGCUUAAGCACCAGCAGCUCAUCGUCGAGACGGUCGACCAGCUCAAGCAGCGGUUCCAGCCUCGCGUCGCCGACGUCAAGAAGGCCAUCGACACGCUCCUCGACAAGGAGUACCUCGAGCGGCACGAGACCGACAAGGCGACGUACAACUACCUCGCCUAGACCGUUCUCGUCGCGGCCCGGAGCCUCGUCGUCGUCGCCAGCCCUCGUUCCCCUCCCGUCCCUGUCCUCCUCGCUCGCAACCGCAACCUCCUUUGUCUUCCCUCGCUUGCCCCUAGCACCCCCUCGACCCGCUCCCCUUCCCGUUGUCCCAUGAUUGUACUCUUUCGCGUUCCCCUCCUCUCUUCCCCCUUCCUCCCUCGCCUACCCACCCCGUCGUCGUCGUCGUGUUCUGUAGAUACCCUGCCCGCGACCUACCUCUUCUGCUUGCCGGUCUCGCUCUCUCGACGAAAAGCGUUGCACGCG